AGGUGUCUGUGUUCACCUCCUGUCUUAAUCUACAGCUUGCCUUUUUUCAGCUUAAUUCUUUCCACAAAUUCUGUAGUCGUUUUUUUUUUACCAUGGCAGACAAAAGUCGUACGCAAAUGAGAAGAACAGAGAGAAAAGAAAAAGGGGGCGCUGUAAAUACCAAGAAUGGAAAAGAAGUGAAAAAUGAAGGAGAGAAAGAAAAGCAGGCAGAAUCUACUGCAGAAGGGCCAUCACCUGAGGCUGCUGCCACCAAUGGUGCAGAGGCUAAUGGUCAGAAUGGAGAUUUUAAGGUUGAGGAAAUGGAACUACCUCCGUUUGAAAUCAUCAAAGGGGACCGGAUCGAUCCUUUUGCCUUCAAGUUCCAGUUCAAGAAUGUGGAAUACUCCUCGGGCCGCAACAAGACCUUCCUGUGUUACCUGGUGGAUAGAGGGAACACAGUGGAUGGUCUCCUGAGGGGCUGUCUGGAGGAUGAGCACUCUGGGCCUCAUGCUGAGGAGGCCUUCUUCCAUGAGUGCCUGUCGGACUACGACCCUGCAAUUAAAUACACAGUCACCUGGUAUGUUUCUUCCAGUCCAUGCUCUGCCUGUGCAGUAAAGAUAGCUGAAAUGUUGAAGGCCAGGAAAAACAUCAAGCUCAGUAUCUUUGCUGCUCGGCUGUUUGAGUGGGAGGAACAAGAGAUCCAGGAUGGACUGAGGGUCAUGCACGCUGCUGGCUGUAAACUGAGGGUGAUGAAGCCUCUGGACUUCUCCUACACCUGGGACACAUUUGUGGAGAAUGAGGAAGAACCUCUAAACCUGUGGGAAGACUGCAAAGAAAACUAUGAAUAUUACCAGGAGAAGCUGGCUGACAUUCUACAGUGACCUGAACUCUACCUGUCCUGCCCUGUAUUUCAAUGAAAAUGCCAGCCGCCGCCAAAAGACAGCUGAUGGCGAAAUGCUCUUCAAGGUCUACUUUCCAAAGUCAAAGGAGGGAGAGAUGCAUUGCACAAUUAAACCUUUGCAAAUUUAAAUUUAAUUUAAACGCAUAUUGUCAUUAGGUUUAAUUUCGAUGUCGUACAAAAAGUAUCGGGAUGUCCUACUGCAUCCGUUGUAGUGGGCAAGUCAGCAUAUUCUGGCAUACUAAAUAAUAUGGAAGUAUGGCAACUGAAACACACGGUUUGUUUUCACUGUGCUAACAUUUCUUAACAUGUACACUCUAAAUCAGGGGUGUCACACUAAUC